UUGAAUCCACCGCGUGUGCGUGCGCUUCUUACGUGCGUGUGUGUGAGAAGGAGAGGAGCUUCCUCCGUGGUGCCCUGCGCUCCUGUCAGCACAAUGGCUGCGCUCGAAUGAGGGAAGCGUCUUCGCCCCCGAUUAAGGAACGAUGAGGAGGAAAGGUCAGUGCGGUUGCCAAAGAAGUUGUACGAGGUUGUAGUCAUUGGCUGUGGAUUCCUGAGGUCUUUUAUAGGCCUGUUUCCAUAGCAACCUCCCGGUCCUCCCAAGGACCGCCACCAAACGUUUCACCUCCUUCCAGCACAAAAAAAAAAAAAGCGCCCCUGUGAACCCCAGCGGAAUGGACACGGAGUCGACCCACUCGGGCUAUUCCAGCCGCUCGGGGAGGUCAAACCGACAUGGCGAGCGGGGCCGCGAACGUCACAAGGCCUGCGGCAGUAAAGAAAGCAGCCGCUCGGAGAAGUCGGUCAUCAUCAAUCCCCCGGAGACGUCCUCCCAAGAUUCGCCGGUGCACAACGGCGAGCCGCUGCCGGGGGAGCCCUCGCCAGGGGCGGAUCCUGGUGAAGAGGGCCAGGAUGACAACUGGGGGGAAACCACCACAGCAGUGACCGGCACCUCCGAGCUGAGCAUUUCCCAGGAGGAAGUGGUGGGCUUGGGCAAGGGGAUACAGGACCGUACCCGAGGUUUCCGCCGCUACCUCCCCUUAGCCGUCGGCCUUUGCGGGGGUGUGCUGGUGCUGGCCACCCCACUGGUCUUCCUCCUCCUGCCCGUAAUAAUGUGGCCCGAAAGACUGCAGCCUUGCGGCGCCGCCUGCGAAGGUCUCUUCCUGUCCCUCUCCUUCAAGCUCCUCAUGCUCCUCACGGCCAUCUGGGCUCUGUUUCUCCGGCCAGCGCGCGCCAGCCUGCCGAGAGUGUGCGCGUGCCGGGCCUUCCUCACCACGCUCACCCUACUGCUCACCAUGUCCUACUGGCUCUUCUACGGUGUCAGGAUCCUCGAUGCACAGGACGAGGACUACCACGGUGUAGUCCAGUUCGCCGUGUCCCUGGUGGAUUCCCAACUCUUUGUGCACUAUCUGGCUGUGGUGCUGCUGGAGCUUCGCCACCUGCGACCGUGUUACAGCGUGUGCGUCAUCAGAUCAACCGACGGAGAGACGCGUCAUUACAACAUCGGACAGCUCAGUAUUCAGAACGCAGCUCUCACGGUCUUGGAGUAUUACUACCGAGAUUUCCCGCUCCACAAUCCGGCGCUCCUCUCGGCCUCCAAGCACCGUGCCGCCAAGCACCUGGCCGGAUUAAAAGUCUACAAUGUCGACGCUCCAGGGAGCGCGGCGGGGGCGCAGCCUGCGAAUGGAAACCAGUCCCAGGCUAUGAUCGCAGCCGCCGCCAAACGCAAAGACAGCGCCCAUAAUGAGCUGUACUACGAGGAGGCCGACUACGAGAGACGAGUACGCAAACGGAAAGCCAGGUUGGUGGUGGCGGUGGAGGAGGCUUUUACUCACGUGCGGCGCAUGAAGAAGGAGGACGAGCGCGCCACGCCUUCAGACAUCAUGGAUGUGCGGGAAGCGGCUCUGGCCAUUUUCCCCUCGAUGGCCCGCGCCCUGCAGAAAUACCUCCGCACCACCAGGAGGCAGCAGUGUCACAGCAUGGAGAGCAUCCAGAAGCACCUGGCCUUCUGUCUCAUCAACAACAUGAGUCCCAAGGCCUUCCUGGAGACGUACCUAUCCCCUGGCCCCACCCUGCAGUACGGCCCCGAGCGCUGGAUGGCCGACCAGUGGACACUGGUGAGCGAGGCAUCGGUCACGAGCGGCGUCAAGGACGGCAGCGACUUUGUGCUCAGGUGCCUCGACUUCAAUGUCGCCGUCACCAUCAAGAGCAUCCCGUACAUCCGAGUGAGUGAGGAGUACGUCGACCCAAAAUCGCACAAGUUUGUGCUUCUGCUCCAGUCGGAAACUUCAGUGUAACGGCCGUUUGUUC